AAGAUGGGCGCAAGCAACGGCUGAGAUUGGAUGUGAGAGUUGACACGUUUCGUUUAUCUUGGAGACCCAAUUCCCACACACACAUCCCUCCUCUUGGCGUUGAAAAAGAAGAAGAUGUUGCUUGUUGGAAAGCGUCCUCGCCCAUCAGUUAUGAGAAGAACAACAAGCAUCAGUGGCGAUAUGUCCAUGGACUUAGAACCCCAUCACGAGGAAUUACUCAUUUCUCACUCUCACCAUCAGGGAACACACGGUGGAUUGACGGUACCUGAUCACACAAAAACUGUUUCACUCAUUUUCCCUUCAACCACUAACACUAACAAUCAUAAUCCUCUACACACUGCCCAUGCCAUACACAAUACACCUCACUUUCUCCUAACUUGUGCCCUAUGUAACUGUCGUUUGCCACCCGCUCGAGACAUCUAUAUGUAUAGGGGGGAUACGGCAUUUUGCAGUUUGGAGUGCAGAGAGCAGCAAAUGAAACAAGACCGCCGCGUAUCGCCACCGUACACGGCCACCGUCAAAGCUUCCACUAAAAGCGAAACAGCUGCUUGUACUUGAAGCGAGGGUUGCUACACACUUGUGCAUACUUAUAAUAAUGAAUUAUUAUUUUUAAUAGAAUAUUAUUAUGGUAUUAUUAAUUAAGAAUGAAAAUUAAUGUCACGCUUACCAUGCCUCAUGUAAUGUAUGUGUACGACAAAGCAAGGCAACCCCAUUUCUCUCCUUGUCCCAAUCAUUAUUACAUUAUGGCUUUUUCACGUUUGCUAGUGAUUCUUAUCAACAUAAUUCCGCUACAAACUUUGUAAGUGACUGCUGUAUUACUACCUAUUUGAAUUUUUCUGAUUUCAUGUCUAAAA